AUGGCCGAGAUAUGCAGCGAGUCCACUUCCAUCUCGGUCCCACCGUUUCUGGAACGGACCAAGGUCCGCAACACGCGGGUGAAGCUGGACCUCUCCCCGCCGGACCCGCUCACCAAGCCCAACAACGACAAUUCCGUGGCGAAAAUCCUCAGAGAGAAGGUGUUCAAGUUCCCCGAAGCAGCAAUCGCCAAGAUCAAGUCAACGGUCAACUCCACCCCGGCAUCGAACGGCUCGAAGUUGUUCUCGACGUUCCAGUCGCUGGGGGCCCACAUCUGGCGCCACGCAACCCGGGCGAGGGAGCUAAACCCGGAGGACUACACAGUGUUCACGAUCUUCAUCGAUUGCAGGAAGCGGGUCAACCCGGCGAUGCCGGAGAGCUACUUCGGGAACCUGAUCCAGGCGAUCUUCACGGUCCUGCCCGCCGGGUUGCUGUCGGGGAAACCUCGGAAGGCGUUUAAGCUCUAA